AUGAUUCCUCCAAAUACUUCUUUGGUUAAAUAUGAUUGCGCGAUUUUGGUCAGCCGGAAUACAGAGAAAAAAACAACGCGCGCUCGUUCUCUAAAGGUGAGUACAGCGACCCCUGUAGCAUCUGGCCCAGUGCCAAGCCCACCUCCGAAACAGAAGUUGCCUCCUACAGACACUAAGACAGCUCAACAAACUGAUGAAGUUCUCAAUUCAAUUUUGCCACCAAGGGAGUGGACAGACAAUGGUCAGUUGUGGGUGCAACAAGUUUCCAGCACUCCCGCCACGCGCUUAGAUGUGGUCAACCUGCAAGAAGAACUUGAUCGUCGAUUACAGCAGCGCCAGGCGAGAGAGACCGGUAUUUGCCCAGUACGCCGGGAGUUGUACUCUCAGUGUUUCGAUGAGCUGAUUCGACAAGUAACAAUUAAUUGUUCAGAACGUGGUUUGCUGCUGUUACGUGUUAGGGAUGAAAUACGAAUGACGAUAGCCGCUUACCAGACACUCUACGAAAGUAGCGUGGCGUUUGGUAUGAGGAAGGCCCUUGCUGCUGAACAAGGAAAGACUGACAUGGAAAAAAAAAUUUUUGACUUAGAGCAGGAGAAAAAAGAGUUGGAACGCCAAGUGAAUGAACUGAAAUCCAAAUGCGACCAAAUCGAGAAACGGGCAGCUGAACAACGGAAAGUGGAGGAAAAGAAACACGCCGACGAAACGAACUUCCUCAAGAGAACCAAUGCUCAACUCAAGGAACAUUUUUUCUCUCUCUCUCUCUCUCUCUCUCUCUCUCUCUCUCUCUCUCUCUCUCUCUCUCGGUGCAUUUGUGCGUUCAUGUACAAAUAUGGUGAUAAACGAAUUUUUUACUGGUAA